AUGCGGACUGCAAUCAUCUCGUUCCUGAUCGCCUUCACAGCCACGGCUGCAGGUCUCGUCAUCACUUCACCCACUGUGGAGCAAAAUGUCGACAAUUCCAAGUCUGUGACGGUCAAAUGGCACGCCGUAGAAACCGACCCUGACACGUUCUCCAUCUACCUCGUCAACCAGAACGUUUAUCCACCCACCCAAGAGCUCGUGGCAUCGGAUGUACCUAAAAACAAGGGGUCAUACACCAUAAAUGCCAAAAGCAUAGACGGUGUCGAUACUGGCCGCGGAUACCAGGUCAACUUUGUCUCAGAUACCGACACCCAGGCCAUUUUGGCACAGUCAUCGCAAUUCAAGUGCGUCAACCUAUUCUUUAUCUUCUUCAUUUUUGAGCUCUACCACUCCAACACCUACCACAUCCCUCUCUUCAACGUCGUUUAUAACGACAUCUACACCCUCUUCCUCUUCUUCUUCCUCAAUAUCAAGCACCCCAUCUACUACAGCCUACUCAACUUCGUCCGAGACUCCUUCAUCUUCUACAUUGCACAGUUCCACUAA